AUGCAAGCAAAUUAUGAACAAGCAACAGCCACCUUGGUUCACGAUUGAUUUUUGCGAAAUCUUCCAUGGAUAGACGCCGAGACAGCUUGUCUUGCUAUUGUCAUGUCCCCAUGGUUCAGUCAGGGCUGGACCGCAGUGGAGUUGGCCAGAUCGCGUACUGUGAAAGUCCUGUUCAAAGGAGAGCGAGGUCCUCUUCUCAAGGAUCUUGACGAAGAUAUUCUUUGCAAACCCCGGACAGAGCGCCAUGCUGCACGUAGAAGGAUCAUCCACAGACUCAGAACCCAGACUGUUACACGAGUGGACGAUCUGCUAUGCAUCUUACGAUGUCGAUACACGUCUUGGAGCAAAGACAUAGCGAUCAUCGCAUCG